AUGAAGGUCCAGGAAACCCAUGUGAUCAACUUGAUCGAUGUAUCGGAUGACGACAGCGCUACUGACAGUCGCAAACGCAGUCGAGAGUCUUCAUUUGAGCUGCGACGUACCCAUCGCAAGACUGAGGGUCGUGUCUUUUAUGGUGAAGUCAUGGCACAGGAACGCGAGAUGGAGCGUAUCCACUACGAAAUGAGUCGUCAGCAUCAAUCCGCCCCUAUGCAGCUGCGUAAAAGUGAGAUGGUUGAGUCUUCUAUCAAUCGCAUGAAGCAAAAACGUGCAGAGAAACGACGUAGUGCGCGUCAGAAGUUCCGACGCAACAUGAGUCCACGCUCUCCCGAAGGUGGACCGCAGCUGCCGGUGCGAGGCGGCGUAUCACUCGUAAAUCUGGAGGGGGAAGAUGCACCACUUGAACAUAAACGAAGAUUUGUUAGAGAUGAAGACGCGAUUCAAGAUGCGUCAUUGCACUCAACAGCGUGGCGUAAUGUGAAGUUAAAAGACGCACCGAAGAAUUUUUUGCCGGAUCGAGAAGGCAUACUACAGCCUUUUGCAUGUGAGAUGAAUGCUGCGUUAGACAAUUUUAAUGAGGACUUUAAGAGCAAGUGUCAAGUGUUGAUAGGGUUUCUGAAGCCUAAAUCAAUGACGAUGACAUUUGGGACGUUGGAAGAGGCCCGUGAUGUGGUGGUGCAAAUGGAUAACAGAGUGCGUCAAGUGAUAGACGAAGCAAUACCGCUCGUCAAAAAGUACCAUGCUGCGAGAGUCAAGACGAUUAUUGCUAAUGCUCGGCAGCAGAUUGCGACGUACUUGGAAGAUCGACCCGUUGUCCAUGCAAAGACGAUGGCGACGAUUGUCGGUCUCCCGCUCCAGAUCUCACGGUUGGAAAAAGUUGCUGCGCGAAGACUGCUCCGAAACUGCGAACUUGUGCUGAACGACGAGAAUCGCCCUCACUAUUCGGUUGCACGAAACGAGUCAGGCUACUCUGAAAAUGUAUACCCGAGAGUGGUGAUCCAUCUCCGCAAAAUACCGUCGGUCCCACGCUCAACGACUUGCGUGCUGGCUUGUGGAGCGCAUCGGGUCGAAGACGACCCAAUAAUUCGUUUUGUACCGUACUUCAGUGCUGAAAGUAACGCUAGGUCAAAAGAGCCUCUAGUCAGUAUUAUGGAUCCUUGCAAAGAUGCCCUUUUUGGUUUGGAUGACGAGGUGAGAGAGUUUGUUUUACGGUAUACGGUGAACGCUUGCGGGUGUGACCAGAGCGUUUUUGACGCGCUACAACGAACUGGUACAUUUAUGCAACCAUUUGCAAACUACGCCGAUAUUUGUGAUCGUGUCACUCGAGAGAAACUGUAUAAGCGGCAUUUGCGCGACUUGGAAGUGCAACAAAACAGCGAUAACCUCUCUGCUCACAGAAAACGUGUACUAGCUAUUAUUCUCGAUAAAUGCCGCGAGUUGCAAGUUGGGACGCACUUGCGUGGCCGGUUAGAGCCGCUUCCAUUGCACUUGGUGUUGAACUAUCUGCAACGUGGUGAAGAGUUGGGUUUGCGUGAUGUUUCGUCGGAGCAGUAUAGAGAGUUGGUAACCAAGUACCAAGAUUUUUUCUGCCGCCGCUGUUGUGUCUACAGCUGUAGAAACCAUGGCCGUGAACAGCCCGUUCCGAUUGUGCGAGUUGAUCCGCAAUAUCCAGUGGUGAAGGGUGCAAUAAACCUAUGGCGACAAAUUGAAAACGAGCAGUUGCCAUCUAUCGAAGAUUCUGAUGUAGACACGGAUGGUGAAGAAAUUAUUGAAGGUGAUGAGCCGAUGCAGGUGAUGAUGGCUACUACUAAUUCUUCUGUAAAUGAAGAAAUGCAGCAAGCUUGCGAUGUGGCAAGUACGGUUGGCGGUGAAUCUACGCGAAGAUCGGUACGUGCUCAAACGGCCGCGAGCACGAAGGCAUCGUCAAAAUUGAACGCGGACCGCGUUCACAUAAAAGAGUUGGUGCGUUCAAAGACAGCAGACGUGUCGGAAUAUUUAGGUUUGGAUGGUGUUUACCAGACGAUCACACAGGACAAGAAGCUGGAGUUAUUUUCUGUCGGUAAUCGUUGUGGGUCUCACUGCUCGAAGCUGCAACGGCAAACCAUCCAACGUGAUGAACCCCAUGGUUUCAGCAGUACAAUACAAGUCAAGCCGUGGAGAGGGUCAGAGAUUGCUUUGCUAAAAAAGCUGGCAGAUUGUGUUGGUCUAAACACGUGCGUUUUAGCGGUGUUGAUUGCCACACGAAGCUGCACUGAUGUUGCUGAUUUCUUCCAAAAAUGCAAAAGGAUAACGCAAGGUGACUUGGAGGAGCUUGUUUUACUGCAAAAUGGUGGUCGACAUCGUGAGAGAAGUAACGGUGUUUAUGGCAACCAUUACGAGCACCUUUACCGUACGCGCUCUCAGCGGAUGAAGGACCGCGGUGCAAAUCAUGAGUAUGUCCCGUGCAACCAUAGCGGCGGUUCUUGCGAUUCAGCAUUAUGUUCUUGCAUGCGCCGUGACCACUACUGUGAAAAGUCAUGUGGAUGCUCUCCAGAUUGUUCCAAUCGUUUUCCGGGGUGCCAUUGUGAAGAGGGCCAGUGUCGAACUUCAAAGUGUCCUUGCUAUUUUGCUGCGCGGGAGUGUGAUCCCGAUAUCUGUACCUCAUGCGGCGCUAGCGAACUUCCGGUUGUCAUGGCUGCUGGAGAGAGCAAGAGCCAAACCAUUGCUCAGCUAAAAAUUUGUGGAAACGUUAACAUUUUGCGCGGUAAAAUGUGCAAGAUUGGAGUUUCGACGUCAGCUACCCAUGGAUGGGGAGCAUAUGCCUUGGAGAAUGUUAAGAAAGGCAAAUUCAUGUACGAGUACACUGGAUCGUUGUUAUCUCAAGACGAAGCAGAACGGCGAGGCAACGUAUACGACAAGAUGACGAUUAGUUUCCUAUUCGAUCUGACUGAAGACACUGUUGUAGAUGCUACGCGCAAGGGUAACAAAAGUAAGUUCGCGAAUCACAGCUCGACAGAGCCGAAAUGUUUUGCCCGAAUUAUGCAUGUCAACGGCGACCACCGCAUUGGAAUUUAUGCGAAAGAAGACAUUGUAGCUGGGGAGGAAUUGUUUUUCGACUAUGGAUACAGCGGAGUAAUUCCUGACUGGAGCCAAGCACGUAUCGGAUCCAGCAAAGAUACUACGCCAACCGAAGAGGAUGAUGACACUAAAGCAAAUGUGGUUGAUGCAAAGGAAGAACAUAAAUCAUAA